AUGGUUGAUCUCUUAUUUAGCUUCUGUAUCGACAUCGUUUUUAUCCAUGCAUCUCUGGUAAUUUACCUGCUAAAGAGCUUUGUGAUUUCUGAUAUAUAUUGCUUUCUUCAUUCAUGAGCUCUUUUUACUUCUUUCAACUAUAGCAAUUUCUAUUGGCAGGCGAAUUGAAGACCUAAAUGACGACUUUGAAAUUACAGUAAUUGCUAUUUCUUGAGGCUAUUUGGUAUGUAUAUGGAAGUUUGGAAUCUAUGAUAA